AUGGCGGAAUGCGAACUUCCUUCGUUCUCUCUAGGGUUCGAUCUUGAUCCCGAAGACACACCUCCCCAUUCCUCCACUCCCGACCCGAUCCUAAUAGUACCGGACUCCGAAUCCGACCCGAUCCUAAUAGUACCGGACUCCGAAUCCGACCCCGAAACCCGACCCGAACCACCACGCCGCAUCUUCAAACGCCUCCGUCAUGGUCUCCCCUCCUCCACCGUUCGCCACCAACCCGAACCGCCUCCGUGCAUCGACGUUGACGAUGAUGAUAUCGAGGAGUUCUCAGAUGAACAUGUUCAAGUAUCAGCACGUUCUUCGGUUCGGAAUCAGAAUAGUUCUAUAUGUCGCAGCUCAAAAGUGUCAUUGAAAAGUAUUGGAGUGUUAACUCCUCAUUCAUCUACCAACUCUAGGGAUAAAAAAAGAGAGCCGGAUUUAGAAAUUCCUGAUUCUGUUGAGUUGGAGACUGGUCAUUGUGGGUCCAUGUUUCGGAAGUUAAUGACUAGUCCUCUUCGUAGGUUUCAAUUGAUUGAAUCGGAUGAUGAUGAUGAUGAUGAUGAUGUUAUGGUUGAUGAGAAUGUUGAUGGUGGAAGUAAACCAAUGUGUAAUAAAAAUACACCUGUGAUUUCUUUGGAACGAGAUAGCAAGAGGCAAUUUGAUGAUGUGAAACAAAAUACGAAGGAUUUACCGAUACAUCUUUCGCCGGUGAAGAGUUUCUCCAUUCCUAGGGAUAAACAAGGUUCUGCAGGAUUGGAAACGGGUCAGAGUGGGUCGGUGUUUCCCAAUGGCAAGUUAGCGGCUAGUCCUCUUCGCAGGUUUCAAUUGGUUGAUUCUGAUGAUGAUGAUGUCAUGGUUUGUGAGGCUAAAGUUGGCCCCUCCUUGUCAACUGGUAACCGAAACAGACCUCCUAGUUCUUUGAAACAAGAUAAAAAGGUGCGGUUUGUUGAAGCAAACCAAAAUCAGAAACAUCUUUCCCCGGUGAAGAAGAACUUUUCUAUUCCUACACCUGCCUUCAAUGAUGAGUGUGAAGAGUACUUCCAUUCUGCCAAGGACACACAGUUGCCAAAAUCUAACGAGCCAUAUCGUGAGGCUAAUUCUGAAUGUCAAAAGGAUGAACAAACGUGGGAAGCGGCAGGUGACAACACAGUGAAUCAGCAAGAAAAUAUUGAUUACAUGGGACAAUUUAACAAUGGAGGAUCAACAAGCAGAAGAAGCAAAUCAAAAAACUUGAAUGAUUCUGAAGGUUGGGUAGAUCCCAAAAUCAUUCCUAGUAGUACUAGAAAGAAAGCAACAAAGAGAAACAACAAUAAGAAAAAUAAUGAAACAAGCAAAUUAAACACUUCAAAUGAUUCUGCAAGUUGGGUGGAACCGAAAGAUGCAGGUCAAAGGCGUGUACAAGCAAGCGGUGAACAGGCUGGUCAUUGGUAUACAGGAUCAGAUGGAAGAAAGGUUUAUGUCAACAAGAGUGGGAAGGAGUCCACUGGCCGAAAUGCUUAUAGAAGUUACCGGAAGGACAGUGGAGCAGCAUCCAAAAAGAAAACAACUGCCAAGAAGGGAAAGUAA